AUGGUCUGUACUUCAGCGUCUUGCCGAGUUACGGGUCUCAAGACCCUUCAGAACACUUGUCAAGAAACAUUGCAAACCACCAACCCAGGUGUCAAGGUUGUACCGGUAGGAUAAACCCUUAUUGUCCAUUGGAAGAAGGAUAGUAGCUAACCACCAUAGAAGAUGCCUGGUGUCAGAUGUCCAACUUGUGCUUUCAAUGGACAAGAGAGUUGGGUCAUUCCCGGACGCCAAUGUGGAUAUUGCGGCACAAAUUGUUGA